AUGACGCCGCCGCCGCCGCCGUCGCCGCCGCCCGCGCCCUCGUGGCACGACCUCCCGGACGGCAUCCUCGUCAGCGUCUUCGAACGCAUCCACGGCGAACCGCGCGGCCGCGAGACGCUGCUGCGUUGCCUGCGCGUCUGCCGCGGAUGGCGCGACGACGCGCGGCGCGUGUUGUUAAGAGACGACGGCGACUCGGGCCGGCGCGCCGCGGACGGCUCGCGCGCGUUCAAGCUCGCGCCGUCAUCGACCGCGCUCGAGGGCCCGCGCGGCGGCGGCGUGGACGGGUCGAGCGUGGACGGCGGCAGCGCGCGCGCGAUUCGCGGCGACGCGAUCGACGAGGAGAGCGUCGAGGAGGAUACGGAGGCGUGCUCGAAGCGGCGACGCGUCUCGGCGGACGGCGGCGGCGGCGGCGGCGGCGCGACGCGCGACGCGGAGACGACGAUGGCGGAGAUGGACGACGCGGUGGCGGUGGACGGCGACGUGGACGGAUCUGUCCAGGGCGUCGCGGUCGAGACGGGCGACGCGAGCGACGACGCGACGACGGCCGCCGGCGGCGGCGGCGGCGGCGGCGGUUUUUUCGCGAAGACCCUCGGCACCCUCCGCCGCAGGUUCGGCGGGAGCGAGCGAAAGAGCGCGCGGUAG